AUGGAUACUUUUAAUGAUGUUGAAACUAAUAAUUCUACAAAGAGAUUGACUAAUCAAGAAAGGCAAAUGAUUUUUGAAGCUUUAUUACAGGAAAGUAAUGGCGGUAAAUUGAAAAGGGGAACCAUCAGGAACAUUGCAAGCCUAUUUAAAACAAGUGUUAGGACAGUUCAGAGAAUUUGGAAGCUAGCAGCAAUUACUUCUACAGAUGGAAGAGUUGAUGUAUCACGCAGAUUUUCUAAAAGAUGCGGAAGAAAACGAGUGGAUAUUGAUUUUACUUUGAUCAUGGCAAUUCCUCUCCGGCGUCGGACAAACAUCAGGUCACUUUCCAGUGAAAUGAAAGUGUCCAAAUCAACCCUUCACCGACGAAUUAAAGAAGGUGCUAUAAGGCCACACUCAAAUGCACUCAAACCACAAUUGACAGAUCAGAAUAAGCAAGUAAGGCUUAACUUUUGCUUGUCAAUGCUUGAACCAGAAAGUCUCAACAGCAAUCCAACAUUUAUGAGUAUGUUCAAUGUUGUGCAUAUUGAUGAAAAGUGGUUUUACAUGACUAAAGAAUGUAAAAAAUAUUAUCUUCAUCCUCAAGAAGAAGAACCUCUUAGGACAUGUAAGAGCAAAAAGUUCAUUGUGAAAGUUAUGUUCCUAGCUGCUGUUGCUCGACCACGUUUUGACUGCUCUGGUAACCCAACAUUUGAUGGGAAAAUUGGGAUUUUUCCUUUUGUAUUCAAAGAACCAGCAAAGAGGAGUAGUAAAAAUCGUAUGGCAGGUUUUGCCUGCAAUUAG